AUGGGGAGCUCCUGCGACCGCAGGCUGGAGGCGGAGAGGAGAAUGCUGGAGCAGAUUCAGAAGAUGCUCGUGGUUCGUAGCCCGACCGUCAGGGAGCUGCUGGCAGAAGCACUGGGGAUGUACAUCCUGAUGGUCUUUGGCUUGUCUGCUGUGGCACAAGUGGUAUUAGGAAGAGGAGAAUUUGGGCAGUAUCUGAGCAUCAAUUUGGGAUUUGGCAUUGGAGUCACCCUGGGGAUCCAUGCAGCUGGAGGAAUCUCUGGAGCUCAUCUGAAUGCUGCCAUCACCAUCACACACUGCAUUUUAGGAAAUCUCCCCUGGAGAAAGCUUCCAGCUUAUCUGCUCGGCCAGUUCCUGGGCUCCUUUCUGGCAGCAGCCACCGUCUUUGGCACCUACUAUGAUACUCUGUAUGACUACACCAAGGGGAACUUCACGGUGACAGGACCAACUGCCACAGCGUCGAUCUUCUCCACUUACCCUCAUCCCUGUACAUCCUUGCUGGGAGGCUUCUUCGCAGAGUUUAUGGCGACGGUGAUGUUGCUCUUGGGCAUUCUGGUCAUCCACGAUGAGAAAAAUAACGGAGCCCUGAAAGGCACACAGGCCCUGCUCACGGGUAUCCUGGUCCUAGGCAUCGGUCUGGGGAUGGGAAUGAACACAGGCUAUGCCAUAAACCCCUCCCGGGACCUGCCUCCAAGGAUCUUCACAGCAAUUGCUGGCUGGGGAGUGGAUGUCUUCACGGCUGGAAAUUACUGGUGGUGGAUCCCAGUCACAGCUCCAACACUGGGAAGCCUUGUGGGUAGUUUAGUCUACAAGCUAUUCAUUGAUUUUCACAAUCAAUCUGUCCCGGAAAGUGGAAAUGAGAAAGGACAGCCAGCUAUAGAGACUUCUACGCUGUGA